CUUCCGAGAGGGACAGAACGCGCACAAAAGGGGGGGCUAGUGUUGGGAAUUGUAAAUUAAAACCAAAAAAAAAAAAAAAAAAAAACAAACAAAACCAAAUAAACAAAACGGAAAUAAAAUACAAAAUAAGGACAAAAAAAAAUAAUAAUAAUCCCAAUUUCCCUUUUUUUAACGUGUGACAAAAAAAGUUCCUUAGAUAUUUAAAAAAAAGAAAAAAAUAUUGUUUAUUGUUCCAAAAUCGAACUAAGAAUUAUAAAAUUUGGUUCAAUGCGAAAAAUACCGGUUAACGUGGAAAUGUAAAUUUCAUUUGCGAAAAAAAGGCGUUCGUUCUACGCAGUGGUGAUUUUUUUUGUUUUUUUUUGUUUUUUUCUUGAAGCUCAUGGCUUGAAAUCAAGAAAACGCAAGAGCCAAGUUUUUAAGUGCCAAGUUUAUCGUUAACAGCCAGGAUGCACGCGGUGGGAUUGCAUUCGGCCUUGGCCAUCAAGCGUCAACGAAAGCGUCGUGAUGAGCAGCGUCGCGCUCGAGAACGUCGUUUCAGCAUUCAAUCAGGCGAAAGUGGUUUAACAUCACCAAGAGCGUCGACCGGUUCACUGGAUCAUCAUCCAAGACAUCAGAAAAUUGCCAAUUCACAUCGUGCGGCCGGACAAAGUAUGGUUGACUCAAAGGUUGUCACGUCAAUUGGCAUGCUUCACAUUGGCGUUGUUUUCGUUGUUCUUGGAGCAUUUCUCUUAGCCAGUGGACUACUACCAGGUGAUCUGUCCUCCUGGGGUACAAAAACAACUGGCAACUGGUGGAACGAAUUGGUAGCAACUGGUCUCUUUGCCGUGUUUAUUGGCAUUUUUCUCAUCAUUUUGAAUCGCGUGAUUGCCCGCCGCGAGGAAAAUGAUCUCGAAGAAUAUGUCCAACGACAAUUGACAAGAUCAAGAUCGGGUCAUCGUCUCGAAAGAGACGUUGAAACUGGUGGUCUCACCACACGACACGCACGUCGUGCUAAGCAAAUGCGAAGCACCACAUCGUCGGGAUCAAUUCAAACCCAAGACGAUGAUAAGAGUUCAAUGUCAUUGCCAAGAAGUCCACCGCCAGCAUAUUCGCCAACAUCGCCAUCAGUCUCAAAUGGGGACCAUCAAAUUCCAAUACAAUCAAACUUAUUUCUCGAGCAAAUCACCGAGGAGGAGGCAAUCAGCGAUCGUUUUGAGACAUCGACGACAAAUAGCAUUAGUCCCGGUUCUCCCAGCGAAACAAGGGAGCUUAUACAGGCAAACUCGAAGCAUUGCAGGCAGAAUGGCACUCACAAUCCACAGCGGCAGUCUACGGAGCAUUUGCCACUUUAUGUACACGUUUCUAGAAUUUAAAUUAUUGACAAUGGUGAAUGUGAAUUAAAAAAAAAAAAAAAAAACCACUUGGGGCCGGUUUUAUCAACUCGCUGAUCUCAUUCACUGAAAUAUAUAUAGUGCCUGUUCCAGUAGUAUCGGCAAAAUUCGAAUUGCAUAGGCAUUUCGGGUUUUGCCUAUGAUUUUAGGAAAUACCCGAAUUUCCUAAAGAUUUCCUAGACAUUUUUAGAAUUGCCUAGGUAAUACCCGAAUUUCCUAAAGAUUUCCUAGACAUUUUUAGAAUUGCCUAGGCGUUUCGGUGUUUGCCUGGGUAAUUCGGAUUUUGCCGAGGCCGUUUUAGUAUACAAAUAUACAAAAUAAAUGGCUAAUGGUUUCAACCGAACUAGUACAUACUUGCAAAUGAAAAAGUUUUUCUGUUAUUAUAUGACCAAACAUAUGCAUUUGUGUAGUAAAUUUUAAUCAUUUUCAAUUUGCCUAAAACGGCCUCGGCAAAACCCGAAACGCAUAGGAAAUAUUUCUUAAAAUCAUAAGCAAAACCCGAAACGCCUAGGCAACUCGGGUUUUGACGGUAAUAUAUGUUCCUAAAAUCAUAGGCAAAACCCGAAAUGCCUAAGCAAUUCGGGUUUUGCUUGAUCUUCGAGUUUUGCCGGUAACUUAUGCUUCUAAAAUCAUAGACAAAAUCCGAAAUGCCUAAUCAAUUCGGGUUUUGCCUUGUCUUCGGGUUUUGCCGGUAACAUAAGCUCCUAAAAUCAUAGAAAAAAUCCGAAAUGUCUAAGGAAUUCGGGUUUUGCCGGUAAUAUAUAUUCCUAAAAUCAUAAGCAAAACCCGAAAUGUCUAAGCAAUUAGUGUUUUGCCUGGUUUUCGGGUUUUGCCGGUAAUAUAAGUUCCUAAAACCAUAGGCAAAACCCGAAAUGCCUAAGCAAUUAGGAUUUUGCCUGGUUUUCGGGUUUUGCCGGUAAUAUAAGUUCCUAAAACCAUAGGCAAAACCCGAAAUGCCUAAGCAAUUAGGAUUUUGCCUGGUCUUCGGGUUUUGCCGGUAACAUAUGCUCCUAAAAUCAUAGACAAAAUCCGAAAUGCCUAAGCAAUUCGGGUUUUGCCCGUAAUAUAUAUUCCUAAAAUCAUAAGCAAAACCCGAAAUGCAUAGGCAAUUCGGGUUUUGCCUGGUUUUCCGGUUUCGCCUGGUAACAAAUAUAUUUCAGUGGAUCCCAUCAUCAUUAUUCACACAUUCCUAUAGUUAAUCAUUCUGUUCGCAGUAAUACUAUUUUCUUUUUAUUCCGCUAUUUUAAUUGUACACUUCAGAACAGAUGAAUAAAAUUGCGCGCGCUGGUGAGAUUAAGUUAAUUCAAAGAUGGUGGGACAUAAAAGACUGAUUAAAUUACAUCGGGAAUUAACUAUAAUUGGAGUUGGUGAAACAGGCCCUUAAUAUUUCCCUCUUUUGAUGUAUAUCUCUAACAACGAAUGUCUUCAAAAAGCGUCACUUUCAUAAUACAUAUAAUAAAAUAUAUUUCUCUCUCGAUGCUGGUGAAUUUCUAAAAAACAAAAAAAAACAUGGGAGGAUUUUAAAUUCUUUAUGUCACAAAAUAUCGAGGUGCACAACUGCCAUAAUGUUAGAAUUUGUCUAAGCUAUAUAAUGUCUCAUCACUAUUGUGAUAAGCUGUAAUAGGAGAUAUGAAUUGACGAUUUUUUUUCGAGAUUGACAAUGAAAAAAAAAAAAAAAAAAGAUUCUGAUCGUAAAAAGGCUGAAAAUUUCGUCCAAUUAGGGGCUUUCGGUUUAAGAUUAUUAAUAGGGAUAAUAAAUUACAGACUUUAUUUCGUUUUAAGAACGAACUUUUUUUUUCGAAUAUGGAAUUGUAUUGAGAAACUAUAUUGCUUCAAUUAAAAAAAAAAAAAUCAUAAUUCGUAAAUUUUGAUUUUGAUAGAGAAACGCCGAAUAACGCAUUAAUCGGUUACUUAAUUAUAAAUAUUUACGAAUAAUUUUUAUUUGAAUUAAAUAAAUUGUAUUUGGACCAAUAAUUUUUUGUAUUUGAAACAAAUACCAUCUCAAAUAAUAAUUAUUCAGAAUAUUUAUUUGAUAUAAUAGAAAAGUAAUCAAUUAUUUGAUUUUUUUUUUUUUUAAUUAAAAUCAAGAUUUUUUUAUGAAUUAACGGCAAGUUUAUGGAAUGAUUCGGAUUUGAUAAUUCUAUUCUAAAUAUUUUAUUCUAUUUUGAUAAAUAAAAAUAAAAGAAUCGAUAAAAAAAAAAUUAAAUAAUAAUUUUAAUAUUGGAGAAUUUUUUAAUAAUAAUCUUCCAAGUAUCAUAAGUAGCCUUCUCGUUUUAUUAUAUGUAAUAUCCAUUUUCUUAGAUUAAUGUAGGAAAUCUAAUGCAAAUUGAAAUUUGUGCCUUGCCGUUAAUUAACCAUUAUUAAAACUACAUGCAAUAGCGUUUUAGAUACGUACAUUAAUUAUUAAAAGCGACAAAGGGGAUUUAAUAGAGUUUAACCGAUUUAUGUUGCAAUGCUUUUUAAAUUAAAUUACAAACAAAAAUUUAUAAUUAUAAUAAAAUUAUUAUUAUUAUAGAAGACGAUAUUCGGCGCUUUUCCACUUUCAAAUUAAUGCGUGUGUUUAAUUUAAUUAAAUUAUUAAUUAAAAUUUCAAUUCUACUCACAAUCAUUUUUAUAAUUACAUUUACAAUUUUUUUUUUUUUUUUUUUUUUUUAUAAAAGAGAAAAAUAAAUGUUUUCUCUUUUCUUUUCUUCUUCAACUUUCAAUUAAUUUUAUAUUCAUAUCAUCAUAAUAAUAAAACUUUUUCUCCCUGUUAUUUGUAUAAUGUCCAGGUGUAUAACUGAACUUUGGAAAAAAAAAGUUUCGUCAACAGAGCUUUUUAAGUUUACGUCGAGUUUUGUAAUAAAAAUAAAAAAUAAAACUCUGUAGCCUGUAAUUUGAUUAAAGUUAUAUAUGUAUAAAGUAAUGGAAAAAGAUUCCAUAAAGCUUUAUAAUUUACAUGUUGAACGAUGAAAUUAUGCUUAUUUACUCCGCGAGGGGGAUAAAAAUAAAAAAAAAGAAGAAGAGAAAAUUCUUUAGGAAGUGAUAUAGGAGUAAUAUUGAAAAAUAAAUCGCGUUUUGCUCUAUUAGGGUUGAGAGAGAAGCAAUCGUGCGCUGUAACGAGAGGCAAUCAAGGACCAAGACUAAUUAGUUUCUGAACGAUGAUUGAAUGAUAGUUUACAAAAUUCAAAGAGUUAAGCAAAGAAUAGUAUCUCGAGGGCCAUUCCAUGUUAUAUAUAUAUAUAUAUAUAUAUAUAGUGUUUCUAUCAGAAUAUUUCUCACUUUUUAAAAAACAAUAUGUAAGUUUUUAAUUUAAUUAAUUAAUUAAUCUACCUUAAUAAUUUAAAUAAUUAAUUAUUAAAAUAAUCAGAAAAUUAAUUAUAUAAUUGUGUAGAUAAUUAAAAUUAUUAAUUAUAUAUUUAAUUAAUAUAUUAACUAUUAAUAUUAUAAUUGUUAAUAAAUUAAUUAAUAAUAAUUUCAC